AUGAGCCGCCAUCCAACUGUCAAAUGGGCCCAGAGGUCUGAUGAAGUGUUGAUAACAGUUGAGUUGCCUGAUGCUCAGAAUGUGAAGCUCAAACUUGAGCCAGAGGGAAAAUUUUACUUCUUUGCAACUGCUGGUACAGAGAAGAUUCCGUAUGAAGUCGACAUUGAUCUGUUUGACAAGAUUGAUGUAGAUAAUAGCGAAACUAGUGCUAGUUCGAGACAUAUCUGCUACUUGGUGAAAAAGGCCGAGAACAAAUGGUGGGACAGGUUAUUGAAGCAGGGAGGGAAAUCUCCUUCCUUUUUGAAAGUUGAUUGGGAUAAAUGGAUUGAUGAAGAUGAAGUGAAUGAGCCAGAUGCCAACUCUGUAUCUGAUAUGGACUUUGGCGAUGUCGAUUUUUCUAAGUUGAACAUGGGAGGGGGUGGCGACGGCUUGGGUUUUGACGCUGCAGAUGAUGACGAUGAUGAUGAGAGUGAUUCAGAAGAGGAAGAUACAGAGGAAGCAUCUUCUGGCAUUGAGCUAGAUGCAAAAGACACUGUAAACGGAAGCGCAAACGAAGCACCCGACACCAAAGCAUAA